CGCCCUUUUUCUUUUGUUUUAAAGAAGGAAGAACGUAUCAGAUUAUGUCCUGGUGGUCAUGGCUGGAAUGCCUUAUAUCAUAGAUUUGCUCAGUCACCGUUGAAAUUGUUCUCGUCGAUACUAAGAGUUUAGGAAUAAUUUUGCCACUAUUGAUUAAUAUUUUAAUAUUGAUUAAUAUUUAUGGUGUGUAUUGAAUCCCUGGAUGUGAAGUUUUAGUGUGAACAUGAUUUAGGCAGCUGAAAUGGUUAUGUCUGGUUCUGUAAGGCCUUGGCCUGUCGUUGCAUUUGAAGGAGAGUUAAAUGCUAUUGUGAAAGAGUACCUCGAGUUUGGCGGUUAUGAACAGGCUCAACAGACGUUUGUUGAAGAAUGCCAGCAAAAGUCUAAACCAAUUUGUGAUAUUUCGGCUGAAUUAGUUUUAGAUGACCAGAAGAAAGCUAUUCAAAAAAAUAUCCUUGAAUAUUUUGAUUUAGGGAAAAGGAAAGAUUUUCUGCGUGAGUGGAAUACAAAUAUUCCUCAAGAUAUUCGCAGUACUGACAUGGUUGCUAAGAAACUGGAGUUUACACUAUGGAUUCAUUUUGCUGUUUAUCCGAUGCGUCACAAAUUACCAACAAAAGAUAGUGAACAAGCAAUGGCUACUUUCAAAAACUUUCUAGAAACCCAAGGUGCUGAGCUGAGCCAGACACCAGAGUUCCUUCCAUUUUAUGCCUUACCUUUUGUUCAGAACCCAACGAGUCAUCCUUCCUAUAAGGAACUAUUCAAGCCAUCCUGGGUAGAGGAUCUGCGUAAUCGUUUCCAACAAUUUUGGCUGCUCUCUACAAAAGCUGAUCAACCCCAGUUGUUUCAACUUUAUAGAGGAUCACCUGCUCAAACUGAAGAACUUCGUGACCAAUUACAUGAAGCUAGGGAAAAGUUAAAUCUCAGUAACACAGAAUUGCAUAGAUAUAUGAAGAACAAUGCCAAACUUCAGGGAGACUACCAUGACCUCAUUGGAAUUUCAGCUGAUUUGGUUGAUGCUCUAGAAGAAACUGCAUUAGGAAAUACUGUCAGUCCAGAAAUGCUCCAACAAAUCUGCAAACGCCUAUUUACACAUGCCAAGCAACCAUCCAUUGACUUCAACCGGCCUGGAACUGCUGGAAAAGCUCUUCGGACAUCUAUUAUUGAUAUUCCAAGUAAGAUAAAAGGGGACACACCUUUAGAUUUUCCCAAAGUGAAAUCCGACCUCAUGUCAGCUAAUAAUCACCGCAAAUCAUUGCUACUGCAAGCCUUACGAUGGCGAUUGACCCGUACAAACACACAGCAAAGAACAAUAAACAUCACUAGUUAUGUACAUUCUGACCUGCUGGGCUGUGCUGCUGCAUCUGGUCCUUAUAAGGAUAUUAUACCAAAGAUCUUAAAUUCUGAAGUAGCUGAUUUGACUGGUGCAAUGUCUCGUCUCAUAAAUACCAUUUCUUCAGUGAGUGUUGGUCGGUCAUACUUGGCUCGCAAUCCUGGCUUGAUGGCGUCUCUCAUUGAUAAUAUGAAGGCUGAACAGUGCAAUUCCCUGACUCGUGGAAUGAUUCUUGGGACUCUCCAGAAGCUGAGUUUGAGGCGUAACUUCCAGAGUUUGAUGAUUAAUGUUGAUCUUGUGGAAUGGUUAAUCAGUCUUUUGGAAGAAUAUGAUUUAGUCUCUGAUUAUACACUGGAAUAUGCUGUGGCACUUUUAAUGAAUCUCUGUUUCCGUACUGCAGGUAAGAAACGCUGUGCUAACAACCCCACAACUGCUCUGAAAGUCCUCACUGACCUUCUUGGACUUGGGAAUGAUUAUCAAGAGAUUCUUCCUUAUGUGAAUGGUGUUUUGUACAGCAUUUUAGCCAUUCCCUCUGUACGUGAAGCUGCCAAAGAUAUGGGAAUUGAAGAAAUUGUUGAAGGUUUCAUCAAAGAAGGACAUUCAGCUAGGGAGUUGGAAUAUAUUAUUAAACAGUUAAAUUCAGAUCAAACAUUUAAUGACAGAGAAUCUGAGGAUGAAGAGGAAGAUGAUGAAGAGGAUGAGGAAGAUCUCGAGAUGGAACCAGAUCUUGAUAAAGAUGAUGAAGUGAAACCAGGGAAUUCUGAACGACUUGCAGGAGAAGAAUUGCUUUCAACUGAAUAUCUUUUGAGGAAAAAGCAGCCCCAAGACCACAUCAUGGGCCGACAGCAACCUCUGCAACGUCCAGUGACACCAAGCCAAAUGAAGAAUACUGAUGUAUCACCAACUAAAACAAAUAAUGACAGAGUUCCAAAUUAUACUGUAAUUGAACCUAUUAAUGAGACCUUGGAGCGACCACCAACUCGCAGUGGGAGUCAACCACCACCUACUGCCAGUACUGCAAUUUCCAGAGAAAACAAUACUCCAAGUCCAACAGGAAGUUCCAAAUCAACUUCAUCAAAGAAAAGUAAAACCCAAGAUGCUGAAUCAAUUGCUGAAGGUGGUAAUUACUCCAAAGCUUUUAUGUCCCGUCCAAGAAUUUUGAGAACACCAGUAGAAGGUUCCAGUAAUUCUGUUUCCCGAAAUACACAAAACAGAUCUCCACCAACUCCAAAAUAUUCUGAUUCUGUACCAAGGCCAACAUCUGCUAGUAAAUCAGUGAACUCCCGGAAAUAUUCAACUACAUCUGAAAUGUAAAGGAAGCAACCUCAUCGUGAACAUCAUCGUAUCUUCAAAGAACUCUAUUUUGAUAUCAUGGAAGCUUUCAUAUAUAUAUAUAUAUAUAUAUAUUUAUAAAUUUUUCCUGCUAUUAUUACUUUAUGCACAUGAUGUAAUAGUUUCUUUAUAGCUUUUAGGUUUCAGUAAAUUUGUAUUUUUACUGCAAAUAACUUAAUUGCUGUUUGAAUUUAUAAGGUGCAUUGCUCUUGUUUUCUUCAAUAUGUGUGUGAGUGUGUUGUUUAGUACUUUAGUCUGUUUUAAUCACCAAAGCUAAGCCCAUGCUGGAUCACUGCCUUCAUAAUUCAAUGUUCUAUAUUUUGCAUUGUCUCUGUACAGGGUCCAAUCUUCAAGCAUUUCAGUUGUACAACCAACCAUAGUAUUGUCUGUUGAGUAUAAUUGGUAUUUAACAAUUUGCUGACAUUAGAUUGUUGACAAUUUCACAAUAUCUUACAUCCUCUUGAUGGUCACAUAAUAUAUACUAUGCUUUGUGCUGUUAAUAUAUGGCCAUGAGUCCGUUAAGUACUAUUCAUUGACAAAGCAGCGUCUCACCUUUAAUGCAAUGUUCUUUGUUCAUUCUGUGAAGGGUAUCCACAUCUCCCUGAAGGUACUUGAAUUCCUGUUAAUGUCUAAAAGAAUUUACUUCUCCAAAGGCAAACAAUUCUAGAAAGAUGCCCAGUAGCAAGGAAAAGAAUAGUCUCUACAACUACAAAACCCCAAAUCAUCAUUAUUCAAUGAUAAAGUGGUUUGUGCUCAAAUAAGAUUAUUUGAUAAAUCAACAUUACAAAUUUUCUUUAGUUUUUGUUCCAUAAAAUGGUUGGAAUCAAUUAAAAGAUCAAGGAAUUUAAAAAUAGGGUCACUUAUGGAAAGAAAAAAACAUUUUAGAAUCAAAAGACAAUUUUUAAGAAUAAAGAGGCUUGUUGUAUUAAUUCUUCAGUUCUAUAAUGAAGAACACACAUAUUUUGUAGGUUGGAAUUCUGGAGUCAGUAAAUGGGGCGAUGAGGAACCACUAGUUUUGAGGUUUAGAGACAAGGAGUGAUGUAAGGUGGACAUCUCGACUCUGGUUUUUUUUUUGUGGUCAUUUUAAUUGUGAUUAAGUUUACAUUUGCCACCAGAGCAAAUGAUGCCAAAUGUAAGGUGUUCAACAGAGUUCAGUACCUGGACAGGGUUGCCACCCCCCAUGCAAGCAUCAUUCAGGUACUAAACACUAGAAUUACACUUUCAAUUGUUAUAGCAAAGUGUGAGGGACCUUGUGAAUUUCCCUGCUGAAACCCUUGAUUCAGAAGACAACUGCUUCAGUUUAAAUGGCAAAAGAGAUGGUGAUGAAUAACAAUUUCAGUUGAAUGGAUAAUUAUCUGGGAGAAAUUUGUUUCAAUAUAUUGAAUUACAAGAGUUUGAGAUGUUAAGCAUGAGAACAAAAUUAGGACUGUAUUCAACAGUUCGGUUAAUAACUGACGUCAUGCAACAGGUGUCAUACACGUAAAAGGUGAACCAACACCUAAUUGAAUAGGCAACAAUUGAUCAGAAAUAUCCCUUGCAUGUAGUUUCUAAACAUUCUUAGAUGAAUGAUAGCAAUAAAAACAACCAACUAAAAUAGGCAGUAAAUCGAUGUUUGGCUUCACAAACAGCACCAAUAAAAAAA